CCUCCACCAUUACAUUACACAACACAUACACACCUUUGCCAUUUGUAUUUUCUGCCUGAAAGAUCCAUCACUUCCCAAACACACCCCCCUCUCUCUUUCUCACUCCCACUACAUCUUCUUCUGCUCAGCAGCCUUUUUAUCACCAUUCUGAGCACCCAUUCCAUAUACUUCCUCAACACCCCAUAGAGCCACCUUGUGUUGUCCUCUCACUACUGUCAUGGCUUCCUUGCUGUUUGCACUGCUCCUUAUGGCCAUGGCUGGUCACUCAAGUGCAACAUGGUGUGUUUGCAAGGAAAUGGGGGAUUCCGCAUUGCAGAAGACACUGGACUAUGCCUGUGGAGCAGGGGCAGACUGCAACCCCAUUAAACCAAAUGGCCAAUGCUACAAUCCCAACUCAGUGAGAGCUCACUGCAACUAUGCAGUCAACAGCUAUUUCCAGAAAAGGGGCCAAGCUGCUGGGGCAUGUGACUUUGCCAGCACUGCCUCUGUCACCACCUCUGACCCUAGUGUGACUGGCUGUGUUUAUCCUGCUAGUGCAAGUGGUGGUGGUGGUAGCGGCAGCACAACAACAACCAGUCCCACUACUAACACCCCUUCCACCGGACUGCCAUCCACAUCCACGUCUUCCACCGGCUCCCCGAUCGUGACAACUCCCACCGGCGGUUCUCUUGGCGGCGGCAUCAACAACGGCUUAGGUCCAUCGGGUACGGGCAUGAACACAGACGUGAGCCACGGUGGGAUUUCUCAACAAGGGACCAUCAUCCUCCCCCUCAUCACCCUCAUAUUCUAUGUUGUAGCAUCAUGGUGGCUCGAAUAAUAACUUCUAUAUUAUGAAUUAUAUUGCUGAUGUGCAGUGAUGGGAAUGAAUGAAUGAUGAAUGGAUGUGAGCGGCUACUACUAUCCUAUCAGGUGUGCAAGGAGUAUCAUAUCUUUGGACAGCCCCCUGCUUUUUUAUUUUUAUUUUUAUUUUAAUUUGUAUAUUAGUACUUUGGAGAACGUUAAUCAUAUAUUAGUAAUGUUGUCGGAUGGAUCUUUUGUGUUCUGUCUGUAGUUGUGUAACUCUUUAAAUACUAGGAGGAUAAAAAUGCAUGCUGUCCUACUAAGUGUCAAA